AUUUUUUAAAUGUUUCGGAACAUAUCUUUAGUGUACACACGUAAAGGGAUUUACUUUUGCUUCUUCAUUGGGAUUACCGUCAACUCUACUGUGCUUUCAGCCAGUCGACCACAUGGAUUCUGAAGAAAGCGAACAAUGAAGAAAUGGCUUCAACUUCAAAGUCAAAUGAAGAUUCCUCAGCUACUAAUCCAGACGACGAUUCCCUAAAGUGUAUAACUGGACAACAGAACGUUACACCAAGUAGAUUUAUUAAGAGUCAGCCGAAAACUGAUGUUUCGCUUGGUUUUUCAAAUUCAAACCUGACUGAUGAAAAAAAUUUGAAAGGAUCCAGUAAUACUCCACAAGUAUUUCUGAGUACUUCACUUCCAUGUCUUUUUGAAAACCCUUUGAGCUUGAACUCGAUUUCUAAAUCUCUUCCUGUUUUAUAUCAAAUCAAUAAUCAUACUGUACAUUCAGAGAAUGAAUUGUCGGUACAUAUUAAGGACAAAAAUGAGAGUAUAUUUAUUCAACCUGACAACUCGCCAAAAAAUAUCCAGUUAACUAAAUCUGAUUCAAAUGAAUCGUUGAAUCAUUUAAAUACAAUGGAAUUGAUAAGUAAUUUAAACACUUCUAUAAAUAAUAAUAAAUCUAAUUGUCUACCUAUAAUUGAACCGAAUAAAUUACUUAAUAACAUACCAAAUACAUCAAAUGUUGAUUCAUUAUUAAUUAAAGAAUUAGAAAAUUCUAUAUAUCAUAUUAAAUGGAUUAAAUUUAAUAAUCAAACACGUCCAAUUAUAACACAAAAUAACAAUGGUCCAUGCCCAAUGAUUGCUAUAGCAAAUGUACUUUUAUUACGUGGAACAAUUGAUUUAUCAAAUGAUAGUGAAUUAAUCAGUGGUAAUCGUUUAUUGGCUAUUCUUAGUGAACUACUUUUAUCGAAAGCUCCUAAUGAUCUUGAUUACGACCAACAAAUUAAUUAUGAGUCGAAUUUCCGUGAUGUACUUUGCUUAUUUCCCAGUUUACAAACUGGACUUGAUAUAAAUAUCAGGUUUACUGGUGUUGCAGAUUUUGAGUACACUCCAACAUUAAGCUUAUUUGAUUUGUUCAACAUACACAUUUAUCAUGGUUGGCUUGUGGAUCCUGAUGAACAUGAUUUAGCUGCAACUGUUGGUAAUCGAACUUAUAAUCAAUUGACUGAAGAGUUACUCCGAUUAGAAUCAUCUGAUAAUUAUGAGGAUUUAAAAAGAAGUAUACUUGUUGAAUGGUUUCUAAAUGAAAGCGGUUCACAGUUAACUUUUCAUGGUCUAAGCCAGCUAGUUACAACUUUACACGAUGAAGAAUUGGCUGUGUUUUUUCGAAAUAAUCACUUUAACACCAUAUUAAAGCAUAAGGAUUCAAUAUUUGUAUUAGUCACAGAUAUGGGUCUUCUCAAUGAACCAAAUAUUGUUUGGGAGUUAUUAAAUGAUUUAGAUGGUGAUACACAGUUUGUUGAUUGUUCAUUUCAAUUAUUUUGUCCAACAACAUCUGAUUCAUCAAUUCGAAAGACAUCUGAUGCUGUUCGUGUUAUUACAAUUAAAUCGGAUAAAUUGGAUUCAAAAUCUAGAACCGAUUGUAAAAGUACUAGUAAUAGUAAUAACAGUAAAGAUAAUUUUGUCGAAAAACAAUACUAUCCUGAUUCCGUACCUGUGUAUAAUCUCAGUGAGGGUAAUUCGACUUCAUUAGAUUAUGAUUUAUGCAAAAUACUUCAAGAAGAAGAAAUCAGAGCUUCAAAUCAAGAUCCAGAAACAUUUUGGAAAUUAUACAAAUAAAAUAUUUACCUCAGCUUGUAUUUGUUCUUCCUCUAUGCUUCACAUUUUUUUACGUGAAUAUCGUCGUAGUGGUUAGUAGCCGUUCAAUAUAAAUAAUUAGUUACUAACUAAUAACAUUUUCCUGAGAAUUAUCGAUAUAUAUAUAUAUAUAUAUAUAUAUAUAUAUAUAUAUAUAUAUAUAUAUAUAUAUGGAUAAAACCUCAAAUUGUAGAAUACAUCACAAAGAUAUUCAAAAUCAGAUUCAUUUAGUAUUGUUUUUUUCCAUGUCUGAUUUAUAUUGCUAUUAUUAUUUUUAUUAUUAUUUUUUAUUAUAAAUCUUCUUAUACUUUAUAUAUACGUAAAUAUUUCUCACUAGUUUAAUCACCUACUAUUAUUCAUUAUUAGUGCCAAUUGCACAAUAGUAACAAUAUGAUGUGAAUUUUGACAGCAAUGAUUAUAAAAAAUAACUCUUGUUAAAAAACAAUACCUCUUUCAUUUGUUAUACUUAUUACUCUCUGUUAAAGAAAACUUAUUUUCUCUUAUACAUUCGUUUCACUUGAUAUCACUUUGAACAUUUGGUUUUUUAGUUUUUAUUUCAAGAGUCCAUUUCUGUUUUGUGAUAGUUGUUUACUCAUAGAUUUUUAUUUUCUUUGUAUCUUGUCGUUUUUCUCCUAUCUCUUGCCUCUGCACAUUUCUAGAAAAAAAGAGUGAAAAGGCAUGAACAUUGCACAGAGUUAUUGUGAUGAUUAUUUUUAUAAAACCGAAAAAAAAGAAAUAAAUUAAACAUUUACUCUUUUCGUCUUUUCUAAACUUUCACUGCUGCUCAUCUUUAUUCCAUGAAGGGAAAAUUACAAAAUAUCAAUUAGUGUAUUGUUUUUUUUAUAAAUUCAAUGUAGAUCUUCCUAUUUACUAUGAUUGUGUUGUGUUUUGUUUGAUUUUUUUUUUCUAAAUAUUUAUUAAACAAUUUAUAAUUUGUUUAUUUUUCAACCAUUGUUCUCUAUCAUCAUGAUAAUAAUGAUGAAAAUGAUUAGUUUGUAAACUGAUUUUGUUAACAAUAAAAUCAGUAUGCAUAUAUUCAUCAGUAUUAUCUGGUUAUGUACUUCUGUUUUUUUCUUCAUUUGUUUCUUUUCUCCUUUCUACAUAUUUACUCACAUUACCCGUAAAUGUAGAUUUUUUUUUACAGAAAAAUCGUAUCAUUUUGUUAUCCCACUUUUUUUCUGUGUAUAUACACAAUCAUUACCGUUAUUGUGUGAAGUACAUUACGUAUAUAUAGACUACUUAGAUAUAUGAAUAUAUUGAUAAUGAUGGUAUCUACGUUGUUUUUUUCUUUGUUUCCUUGUUGGUUAUUUGCAUGGUUACUUAUGUAUUUUUUUCUUUUCAGAAUAAACAGCAUACUAAAGUAUUGUUUUAUUUUUCAAUAUGAAUGAAUUUUUGUACAUUACAUAAUGUUGUUUGUUGUAUAGUUCAUAUUUUAAUUUAUUUGACCUAUUGUAAGGUUUGUUAUUGAUUGUUGCCUUAUGACUACUAUUAGUACUAUUCAGUGUUCAGAAGAUGAUCGAUCGGAUUAUAUUUGAUGAUCUUCAAUAUUAUAUAAUUAAAAAUAAAAUUGUUUAGUUAGGUAAGUGUACAUGACAUUAAACAACACUGCUCACAUAUAUCAAUUUGGGUUCAGUAUGAACACACAUAUACACGUAAAUUUCUUCCGAAAGGUGUCCUAUGCAUUUAUGUAAUUAAGUGAACUUUUGAAACAGAACGACCAGUAAAUUCGAUGUUAUAUAUAUAUAAUUAUUUUCGUAAAUAGAUUAGGAAAUAACAUUUGUUUACUUGAAUAACUUGUUAUUAUUUAACUUUUUAAAAAAUGUUUAUCAUGGAAGGACAUUAACUUUGUCCUUGUUAGAAGUUAAACUACAUCUACAGAAUUAAAACAAGGAUUUUUAGGUUUUUCAUCCAGUAUAAUACUUUUAAAUCGCUGAAUUGGAAUCCAGUCUCCUGUGUUUUCAUAACUACAAAAGUAUCAUGUUCAUCACAUGACGCGACUGUAUUACAGUCCUUGAAUUAAAACAAUUGAGAAGUCCAAAACUGAAUUGAAGUAGUUGUUCAGCACACACACUCCCAUACAUAGUCAUUUUGAAGCUGAUUUCAUCAGCGAUAGAAGCUAAUUUCAAAAAGAAUUUAGUUAAGUGCAUUGCUACAAUUUUAUUGAAAUGUAUAAUUUAAGGUAAUUAUUGGCAGAUACCGAAACUAUCUGAAGUUAUCCAUAUAAGUCUUAGGAUAAACUGUUUGUUAUUAUCAUAUUGGUUGGAUGCUUGUUUCAUAUCUUGCUCUUCAUGUUACUGUAGCUUUAUUAAUCUUAACCUGUUAUUGUCAAUAUCGUAAUCAUUCUGAAACUUAUUAGUUGGUUCUGUUUAGAAAGAUUUAUUGCACACCAGUUUAUUUUUUCAACAGAUUAGUCACAUUUUUGUGAAAUCAUUUUUAAGUUAAGCACUUCUUUGUUCUAAUUUUUAAAGCAUUUAAAAUGAUUGUAGUACUGGAUUUUUAAAACUGUAACGUUGAUUAAACUUACUGCUCAGUGUUCAACACGAUAACUAUUACUUUUGUGUAUAUUAUUGUCCUUUUAAAACUUUUUAAGCAGACUUCCAAUGACCUGUUGUUUGUUUACAUCUCCACUUUCUACCCAUAGAGAUUAACUUAGUUCUAGCAUCCAGAAAUUAUAAUAUACACAUGUCAUUACCACUUAAAAAGCUUUUUUAGUCAUUUUUUCGAUUUAAACGUAUUUCUAUGUAUUUUACUAGAUGUAGGAAAGUCACAUCAGGAGGCCCACUUAGAUAUCAGUUCGGGGAUGAAAAUGUGAAAGAUAUAUAAAUAUCUAAUCGAUCGUAAAGAAACAAUUCAUUCUGAAAAAGCCUGAAAAGAUAUCCAAACAACUUUAAAUAUAGUAAUUAUAUCUAUCGAUAAAUUAGUUCAAAAGGUUAUGAAAGUCCAAUGAGCAUCUACUAAAGUAAUAAAUUCUUAAAAAUUAUCCUGACAGGCUUGGGGGACGGUGAAGAGUGACAACUCAUAAUCAAACUAACAACGGGUUCAUAUAAUAAUUACGAGCAUUGGUUGGGCAACGAAAGCAAAAUAGAUGGAACAGGUAGUGCAAUAGGUAACACUAGACAACUCUACUGACUGAACAAGCAAACAGGCAUUAAAAAAGCAGGUGUUAGUAAGGCUCUUUUGGAAAAGGACGGAUCUACCAUUCACUCUCAAUCUAUGAGAUUAGAUAUAUGGGUGGAACACUUCGGGUAGCAGUUCGACUGGUCUUAAGCUACCCUUCAGUUACCCCCAAAUGCCCUAGUAUGGCCGAGGGUGCGGGGAUUAGCUCGCAAUGCUCUCACAUAGCCACGCGUAUACAACCACUGCCAGGGAAUUCCUAUUAACUGCCUUCUCGUAGCGGGGGUGUUGUUUACGAAGUUGAGAGGACGAAAAGCGAGUGUUCGGCGCUUUAACCGGGUUGGUGAACUCAGAGGGUCCACCUAGGGGAGUUGGAAAACCCUGAUUCCAAACCGAUGGUGAACAUAGGCUCCAGUAUCCUGAGAGAACAAAUGGCGUAUAAAUCAAUCGUUGGUCACCGGCUAACAUGGGACUGCAUCUCCUGACGCUGCUCCGCUGCCUUGUGAAUCAGACCUUUGGGUCGAAGGCUCGGGGUGUCGUCUCCUAAGAAAACCACCUGCUUCGAUCUGGGCACCCGGUCAGUAUCACAGCCCGCACGCAAAUCAGGUGACUUGUGUGGCGCAUAUGUAUUCGGUUUCCUUAUGUACCAACAUUUAUGUGUUCAAAUAAAUAAAUAUCCCUAAUAAACUCGAAUGGGAAAUUUACAAAAGUCCCUUAAAUUACUGACCACUCACUAUAAUUGUAUUCCUUGAUAAUAAUGCAGGAUUUUACUCUGCCGAGCAAGAGGUUAUAUAUCAAUGUUUACCAUUGAAAUAGGUACAUACACCUGAUGUAAACUCUCUAACUAGAUACUACCAGUCGAGUUAUAUCCUAGUGAUCAUAGAUGUCCCCUCAGAAAUAUACUUUCGCUACCUAAAUUUUCAGGGGUGGCAUCUCAGGAUGUUCUCUUGCUGACUUAGAACACUCAGCUGACAUAAUUCUAUUAAGCGAAAACACUGAUAAAAUGCAGAGUUUUCUGAUCUUCAUGAAUAAUAACGUUAGCAUGUCGAACUUGUAAUGGGAGUGAAGCAGCUGAGUUAUUUGACCGUUUCGUCGGCCCUGGAGGGUUUGUAUCCAAAGAAAUCUUGGAAUGAAUUCAAAAAACCCUAUUGGUUCCUGCCAACAUACGUCACUCGUUGCGUAAGCGUAAUGUCUAUUUCCCAAUUAAAGGGUGUGUAUACUGCUCUGUUCUCCCUUGUGGCUGUGGAACAUAGUCUAUGGGAGCUUGGAGUGAUACACAUCUGUGCUAGGUUCUGUGAUGAUGACGUCUGUCUGUCUGCCAAUGUAUCAUGUUACAAGUGUUUAAUUAUUUGUGAAAUUAAUGAAAAAAAAAGAUAUUUACUACUCAAUCGACCAAUAAAAUACGUCUAGACAAUAAACUCCCAAUAUAUAUUGUUCGCUUUUUGCUGCGCCUUUUCUCUCAAUAAACGUUGAUUUUAAUUGUACCUGUGAUAUAUAUUGUUGUUCUCACAAUUUUGGCAUGAGAUUAUCUAGCCGUGAUUUUGUAACUCAAUUGACACUAUGCCUUUGUUGGGUUAAAUGAAGUGUAUUUAAUAAUUAUUUUGAAAUAAUGUUUCCAUAAUUUCAUCUUGAAACAUUGAUUACUAAAAUAGUUUAUAUGUUUAAAUCUUGACCAUAUUGUUUUUAUCAUUGAUCAGAAUGAUAAUUCACUUUCUUGUUAGGUUCAGGUUUUCAGUUAUUAC